UUUACUCUCGCAUCCACAGCCAUCAACGACCGCUAGAGCUCCCAAACGAUGGUCUACAACGGAGACGAGGUCUCGGCCGUCGUGGUCGACUUUGGAUCGCACACCACGCGUGCAGGAUGGGCCGGCGAAGACAGCCCGCGCGUUGUCACGCCGUCGUUCUACGGCUACGCCGACGUCCCUCAGCCGUCUGGUUCGGGGUCCACGUCCAACGGGACCGCGACGGACGCGCCGGCCAACGGUGACGACCCGAUGGACGGCACCGGAGACGAGGGCAAGGUCGGCGCCACGAAGCGCAAGUACUACUUUGGUGAUGACGGCGUCGGCGUCUGGCGGAACGGCAUGGAGGUCGGAAACUUCAUGGUCGACGGCAUUGUCAACGACGGCGAGGCGGCCGGAAACAUGCUCAAGUACCUCUUGAGGGAUCGUCUCUCGGUUGACCCAUCCGAGCACCCCCUGUUCCUCACUGAGCCUGCAUGGAACUCGCCAAAGGCCCGUGAGACGCUCACUCAGAUUGCCUUUGAGCAGGAGGAGGUCCCGGCCAUGUACUUUGGUUCGAGCGGCGUCUUGUCCGCUUUCUCGGCUGGCAAGCGCACCGCGCUCGUGCUCGACGUCGGACAUAUCAACAGCAGCGCGGUUCCUGUUGUUGACGGAUACGCGCUGCGUGCGGGAACGAUGCGCCAGCCACUGGCGUCGGCGCUCGUCAUCUCGCAGCUGCACCACCACUUCUCCAACCCCACGCCCUCACGGUCGUUCCCGUUGUCGCUCCUUCCCCGCCACCUGAUCGCGCGCCGCGACACGACCGCCGAACCCGGCAGCGAGCCGCACCCCACCCUCCGGGAGGACCGGUUGCCUGGCACGACGGCGUCAUGGCGCGCGUGGGCCGAGCAGGGCGUCGUCGACAACUGGAAGGAGGCCUGCGGCGAGGUUCUCAGCCACCGUGGUUUCGACUUUGCGAACGCAAAAGACCUCCCCCAGGUUCUGUACGAGUUCCCCGACGGCUACCACCAGUACUUUGGCGAGGAGCGCUACCGCUUCACCGAGGCGCUGUUUGACCCCAAAAAGUACUUUGACCAGUCGUUUGAGCCCCCAGCUUCGCUCCGUGUCACGUCAUCAGGCGACCACAGCCACUCGCUCAAGGAGGUGGUGCCCCUCUCGCAGCUGGUGCACGACUCGAUCAUGGCGUGCGAUGUAGACGUCAGAGCGUCGCUCCUGCAGAACAUUGUCGUCGUCGGCAACACGUUCCUCACGCGCGGUCUGACUGAGCGUCUGGACAUUGAGCUCGCUACUCUUCUCCCCAGCCAAAAAAUCAAGGUGCAUGGCUUUGAGCGCAAGUAUGCGCCGUGGCUCGGCGGCUCGAUCCUGGCUUCCCUGGGCACGUUCCACCAGCUCUGGGUCACCAAGGACGAGUACGAGGAGCACGGUAUGAACAUUGUGCACCAGCGCUGCAAGUAGGCGUGGUGUGUCGUAGAUGUAGCGUUGUGAUGAAUGUGCUAG